GGGCCGCUCAACAUGGAGGUGCCUCAGAGCUGCAUUGCUAGAAUGAAGCACAUCAACUUGUCCUUUGCAGCAUGCGGGUUCCUGGGCACUUACCACUUGGGGGCAGCAUCUGCACUUUGUAGACACGGCCAGAAGCUCCUGAAGGCUGUCAAGGCCUUUGCAGGGGCUUCUGCGGGAUCCUUGGUGGCAACCGUCCUGCUGACCGCACCAGAAAAAAUAGAGGAAUGUAAUGAAUUUACCUACAAGUUUGCCGAAGAAAUCCGAAGGCAGUCUUUUGGGGCGGUGACACCCGGCUAUGAUUUCAUGGCCCGACUGAGAAGCGGAAUGGAGUUGAUUCUCCCUCCCAACGCUCAUGAGCUGGCCCACAGCCGCCUGCACGUAUCCAUCACGAACACCAAAACCAGAGAAAAUUACCUGGUGUCCAACUUUCCCUCCAGGGAGGACCUCAUUAAGGUGCUGUUGGCCAGCAGUUUCGUGCCCAUUUACGCGGGACUGAAACCGGUGGAGUACAGAGGGCAGAAGUGGGUGGAUGGAGGCCUCACGAACAGCCUACCCAUCCUUCCUGUAGGCCGAACGGUGACCAUCUCACCCUUCAGCGGACGCCUGGACAUCUCCCCGCAGGACAAAGGAAAGCUGGACCUCUACGUUAAUCUCACCAAUCAGGACGUAAUGCUGUCCGUGGCAAACCUCGUGAGGCUUAACCAAGCCCUUUUCCCACCAAGCAAGAGGAAAAUGGAAUCUCUGUAUCAACUUGGCUUUGAUGACGCCAUUAGGUUUCUCCUCAAAGAAAACUGGUUUGAAUAGAAUGCUUACGAGUUUAUAAUGCAGAGAAGACUUCAUACUUGUU